UUGUUUUCACAAAUAUAUAUGAAUCAUCUAGUUAAAAACUAAGAAGAAACUAAUAUAUAUGGCAAGUGUUACUAAUUUUAACCCCCACGGUGUUUUCUUACCGUUAUUCCUUGUCCUGGCCGCAACAGCAACCGCAACCACAAGACCGUACACAUUCCUCCCAAGGCCACGGGUCGGGUAUUACAGUAGUGCAUGCUGGAAUGUAGAAUCGAUAGUGCGGUCCGUGGUCCAGUCUAACUAUUUCACAAAUCCAGCCAAUGCUCCGGGCAUUUUGCGUAUGCAUUUUCACGAUUGUUUCGUCCGUGGCUGCGACGGUUCCAUUCUCCUCGACGGACCUAACUCUGAGAAAACGGCGAUUCCAAAUCAAUCGUUGAGAGGGUUUAACGUUAUCGAAGAAGCUAAGACUCAGCUUGAGAUCGCUUGUCCUCUAACAGUCUCUUGUGCUGAUAUUCUCGCACUAGCUGCUCGUGACUUCGUCGUUCUGACAGGUGGACCAUGGUGGCCAGUUCCAUUAGGACGACUCGAUGGUAGGGUUUCAUUAGCCUCGAAUGUUGAUUUGCCGGAACCUACAGACUCAGUUGCGGUGCAGAAGCAGAGGUUCGCUGCGAAAUAUCUUAACACCCAAGAUCUAGUUGUCCUUGCUGCCGGACACACGAUAGGAACGGUGGGGUGUGGUGUGUUUAGGGAUAGGUUCUUCAACUACAAAAACACAGGAAGUCCUGACCCAACCAUCAACCCGAAUUUCGUCCCUCAGAUCCAAUCUCAAUGUCCUCUCAACGGCAACGCCGCUACUCGUGUCGCGCUGGACCUGGGAAGUGAAGGCCAGUUCGACACUUCGUACCUUAACAACUUGAGGUUUGGUCGAGGUGUCCUUGAGUCUGACCAGGUCCUAUGGAAUGAUCCCGAGACUCGUCCCAUCGUGGAGCGGUUGCUGGGACUACGGUUUCCGUUUUUGCUGUUUGGACCCGAGUUUGCCAGGUCGAUGUCUAAGAUGAGUCUGACUGAGGUCAAGACCGGUUUGGAUGGGGAGAUUCGUAGGGUUUGUUCUGCGAUCAAUUGAUAAAACAUAAAGGAAACUAUUAUGAUGUCAUAAAAGUAAUAAAUAAAACAUGGAAAUAUAAAGUUCAAUAGA